AAAGUGAUCAUCUUCUUCUUUAUAGAUAAGAACCGUAGAAGUGAUAUAAUUGAAUAUUAGUCAAAGAUCAUGUCUCACAUCGCUGUUGAGAGGACUCGAAGAAGGCAAAUGAACGAGCAUCUUAAAUCCCUUCGUUCUUUGACUCCUUGCUUCUAUAUUAAAAGGGGAGAUCAAGCUUCGAUAAUCGGAGGAGUGAUAGAGUUCAUCAAAGAGAUGCAGCAAUUAGUGCAAGUUCUCGAGUCCAAGAAACGCCGAAAGACACUGAACCGGCCUUCUUUUCUGCAUGAUCACCAAACACUCGAGCCAUCCAUAUUAGCCGCAGCCACCACCAGAGUGCCCUUUAAUCAAAUCGAGAAUGUGAUGACCACAAGCACUUUCAAGGAAGUAGGAUCAUGUUGCAACUCCCCUCAUGCUAACGUCGAAGCCAAGAUCUCAGGCUCUAACGUUGUAUUGAGAGUUGUCUCUAGGCGAAUUGAGGGCCAGCUUGUGAGGAUCAUAUCCGUCUUGGAGAAGCUAUCUUUUCCGGUUCUUCAUCUCAAUAUUAGUAGCAUGGAGGAGACUGUUUUGUACUUCUUCGUUGUUAAGAUAGGACUGGAGUGUCACAUAAGCUUAGAGGAGCUUACCUUUGAAGUUCAGAAAAGCUUUGUGCCUGAAGUCAUCGUCUCUACCAACUAAAGCCAAAAGUAUACAUGUACUAGCUAGCGUGUAUCGUUCGUUACAUGAGCAUGCUUGACACUUUGCUAGAAAUAAGCUCAUACAAACUUAAUUAUUGUUUAACUUGUAUCGCCCUUAUUACAUAUGUUUUAAUUACUUACUUUGUUGUUGAAUCCAAAACUCGAUCAAAAUUAUAAUUUUCCAUAA